CUGCAAGUCAUCAGAAAUGGAAACUUCCCUAUAAAGGGUUAAGGUGACAGCUUCCACAAUGAUGACCUAUAUCAUUGUAAAGAAGUAGAAUAAUGUUAUUUCUAAAAGUGGGAUUGUUGUUUUCAGCAAACUAGAAGAGUACCAUGUGUCACCCUAUGUGAGGGAAAAAAAGGGGGAGGGGUAGGAACUUCUUUACGCGCGUAGUCACUACCUCCUCUUUCCUUCCUCCAUUUUUUCCUUUCUCAGCUGCUUAUUUUUGAGCUGUAUCUUUAAUACUCUCUGGAUCUAAUUAUCAGGACACAAAUCAGCCAUCAGAUAUCAGCAUUUCCCCCUCUGUCACAUCUGUCUGGACUGCAGAUGUCAAUCUCUUCCCUGAGGUGAUCAGCAGUAGAGACCAUUCACAGCGCUCCACGUGUUCCAUUUCCUCUUCAUUUCAACUUUAAAAGACCAGUCUUUCACGCAGCCAAAACCAGAUCAACCUCAGCAAGUAAAAUAAAAUGGAGCUUCAGAAGAUGAAUGGACACAGCAAAGACGACGGGUUUGAUGGAGUUGAUGCCAUGGAAGAAAAGCAAGAGUUUCUUCCGCAUAAAGCUGGUACAAAGAAAGAAGUUCAAUUUACGGAUUUCGAAGGAAAGACUUCAUUCGGCAUGUCCAUAUUUAACCUCAGUAACGCCAUCAUGGGCAGUGGAAUCCUAGGACUGGCUUACGCAAUGUCCAACACAGGAAUCAUUCUGUUUAUAAUCCUGUUAGUGUGCAUUGCCAUUCUGUCUGCAUAUUCAAUUCAUCUUCUGUUAAAAAGUGCCGGAGUUGUAGGUAUCCGUGCAUAUGAGCAGUUAGGAAAUCACGCUUUUGGCCACCCGGGAAAAAUGGUGGCCGCCAUCAUCAUCACUAUGCACAAUAUUGGAGCAAUGUCCAGCUAUCUCUUUAUCGUGAAGUCGGAGCUUCCUCUGGUUAUAGAGGCUCUCGCUGGUAAAGGAGAUGGCUCAGACCCGUGGUUUUUGAAUGGAAACUACUUGGUCAUCAUUGUUAGUGCCAUCAUCAUUCUUCCACUUGCACUAAUGAAACAGCUUGGAUACCUUGGCUAUACAAGCGGUUUCUCUCUCUCCUGCAUGGUGUUUUUCCUCAUUUCAGUUAUCUACAGGAAAUUCAGCCUGGACUGCUUGUUUGAGUCAAGAAAUUACACAAGUUUUGUUAAUGAAAAAUGCAAGUCCUUUAACAACACAGACUUAACCUGUGAAGCCAAACUGUUCACCGUCAACUCACAGGCAGCAUACACUGUCCCAAUCAUAGCCUUCGCUUUUGUCUGUCACCCAGAGGUGCUGCCGAUCUACACAGAGUUACGAAAUGCCAGCAGGAAGCGCAUGCAAGCUGUUGCCAACGUCUCCAUUCUGGCCAUGUUUGUCAUGUACCUGCUGACUGCAAUUUUUGGUUACCUCACCUUUUAUGCUGCAACAGAGUCAGAGCUACUUCACACCUAUAUUUGUGUGGACCCCCAGGAUGUUCUGAUUCUCUGCGUGCGUCUGGCUGUACUGGUGGCUGUCACUCUGACUGUCCCUGUGGUUCUCUUUCCGAUUCGCAGAGCAUUGCUCCAGAUCUUCUUCCCUGAUAAGCCUUUCCACUGGGUCAGACACUUCAUCAUCGCAUUAGGUCUCAUCAUCGUGGUCAACAUAUUGGUUAUUUCUGUUCCUACCAUCAAAGACAUCUUUGCCUUCAUCGGAGCCACCACAGCCCCAAGUCUCAUUUUCAUCCUCCCUUCAGUCUUCUACAUCCGGAUCGUUCCUGAAGAACAGGAGCCUUUGAAGUCAAAACCUAAGAUUCAGGCCGCAUGCUUUGCAGCAUUAGGAUUCAUCUUCAUGAUCAUGAGCAUGGUGCUUAUUAUCAUUGACUGGAUUAAUGGAAAUCCCUCAACAGCAGGUGGCCACUAACUGGGCAACAGAUGGCUAUGACUAAACAGAGAUGCAACAAACAGAACAUGAAACCAGUAAUUAUCCCAGUAAUUAUCCCAAUAUGCUGAGAUCCCCUCCAAAGUCUGGAGAUUUUCAACAAAAUGAAAAAGCAUUUGAAGAACCUUCAUCAGCGUUGAAAUCAGGAAAAAGGUUUUGACAUUAGAUGGGAUGGAAGAAUGUCCUGCUGCAGAGGAGGGAACACAGGGUGGCAUGAGAGGUGUUCUGUCGGAGUCCGCCCUGCUGAAGAUGGCCGCCAAAGGAUGAAUGAGAACAGGAUGACUAAAAUGGAAAUCUUUUUUUCCGUGUUACAUGGAAUAGUUCAGUCACUGCCAACAUCCCUCCAUUGUACUUCCCCAAUAUUAUAAUGUCAUCCAACAAUCCAGAAUAGCUUUGCUUAGAUGUCCCUACAUUUGUUCUACAAAAUAUAAAGAACAAUGCAUGAACUUCCACAGAGUUUGUUAUAUUUGGUAAACAGACAACUUUCUGUGAAGUGAAGUUCAACUAAUGUGAUAUUUUGUCUCCUAUAGUGACUGUAAAAUAAUAUACAUUUCAGGCAGUGUCUGCGGUGACCAUUAAAUCCAGUGCAAUAUGCAGGAUUUAGCUGCUAUUCAGACAGUUUGCUGACAAUCAUUUGAGCCAAAACGCAAAAAGGAGGUUUGCACAAGUAAACAAAAUUUUUUAUAUGAUAAUAGCUACAAACCAAAGAGUAUAUUUAUUCAGUUACACUUUUUAAUUGAUCCUAUUAAGUGUGUAAAUGUAGAGCCU